AUUACAUGGAGUGUUUUUCUUUCUUUUAGUAUCAAAGAUGCAGACUGUGGGACAGAUUGCAUGAAGAGCACAUUAAUGCAGGACGAACAGUUCAGCAACUUCGAGCCAAUAUGAGAGAGAUGGAAAAACUUUGUUUGCGAGUCCGACAGGAAGACAUCCCAGUUCUGCAACGAAUGAUAAAUCCAGUGAAAGAUGAAGCUUCAUCUGCCAUAAAACACUUCCUGCAGCUCCAUUCUGAAUCUGCAGAAGAACUUAAAAGGCAACUAGAAGGACAGGAGGAUGCCUCCUUAACCAGAUCUGCAACUGUAGGAGGAGAAACUUCAUACAACACAGAAGCAAAUGAUGGGUCUCAAAGUUUAAUUCAGAUGUGUUCUCCCCUUCCUGAGAUACCUCAGAAUGAAAAUGCAGCUGAGUCCUGGGAAACGCUAGAAGAGGUAUGCUGGGACUCCCUCACUAUCCUGUCGGUAUUCUGGCUUUUAACAAGUUACAGAAUA